GCGGAUGAAAUGGAAAAGGCGGAUGAAAUGGAAAAGGCGGAUGAAAUGGAAAAGGCGGAUGAAAUGGAAAAAGCGGAUGAAAUGGAAAAAGCGGAUGAAAUGGAAAAAGCGGAUGAAACGAAAAAAAUCUGUGAUAAUAAUGAAGUGGAAAUAUCAAAAGCAUCUAUCUGA